UCAGAGUCUCUAAGUCGCAGACAAGAUAAUGUCCAAUAGAGGGCGCAGCUCGUAACAUCCAGUCAUUGUUUAUUUCAAAAUGACGGAAAACAGCGCGUCACCUGAGGAUCCCUGGCUCAAACAGACGGACGGCGCCUUCAGUGACAACGGCUUCGAUCACAGUUUCUUUGCCGAGAGUGCUCGCAAAGGAAGUGUGGUGUCAAGAGCCAACAGCAUCGGAUCCACAAGUGCCUCUUCUGUACCAAACACAGAUGAUGAAGACAGUGAUAACAGACAUGAGACGCCCUAUAAGGAGUCAUAUAAAGACCGGAGGAGACAGGCACACACACAGGCAGAGCAGAAACGCAGAGAUGCCAUCAAGAAAGGCUAUGAUGACCUGCAGUCUAUAGUGCCUACAUGCCAGCAGCAGUCUGACUUUGCCAUGGCCACACAGAAGAUGAGUAAAGCUACAGUCCUGCAGAAGACAAUCGACUACAUUCAGUUUCUCCACAAAGAAAAGAAGAAGCAGGAAGAGGAUGUUUCCACACUUAGGAAGGAGGUGAUGGCGCUGAAAAUUAUGAAAACGAACUAUGAGCACAUUGUGAAGGCCCAUCAGAAUAACCCUCAGCAGGGCAGCGAGCAGGUUUCAGAUCAGGUGAAGUUCAGUGUGUUUCAGAGCAUCAUGGACUCUCUGUUCCAGUCCUUCAGUGCCUCGGUGUCAGUCAACAGCUUUCAGGAGCUCUCUGCUUGCGUCUUCAGCUGGAUCGAGGAACACUGCAAGCCCCAGACGCUGAGAGAAUUUGUGGUGACCGUGCUGCAGCAAGUGAAUGGUCAGCUGUACUGAAGCUGUCAAUCUGUAUGUUUGUCUGUCUCUCAGGCUGAUAUCUCAUUCAAGAACAGUCUCUCUUUCACACACACACACACACACUAUGCAGCAGGGUAUCAGCACACUAAUGGACUGGGGUGCGUUCAAGAACUCUAAAAGAGAUGAAAUAGUGCUUGCUCAAGUAUUGACUGACAGUGUUUAUGGCAGUGAUUCCAAUCAACAAAUGUGGAAAUGCAAUAAUUUGUUCUGAUCAAUCAUUUUAUUACUAAUAAUUUAAAAAGGUAAUAAUCUGAUCUAAGAUGUUUGCGAUUGCAUAUUGUUUCCUCACACACCUUCAGCUGGUUUAGAAAUUAAAGAAUGUGUUAGUUCUAGGGGUGCUCCGAUCACUAUCGGCCAAUAAUCACUUUGGGAUGAUUGCUCGACGGUCACAAACAGUGCGAGUGAAUCACUGCACACGCUAUCUUUCUCUCUCAAAAUGCAAAUGGCUUGAAAUCACAUCUAGUCUGCGCUAUAAGUGAGCUGCAUAGUUGACACAGGAAUUGUCAUUUGCACUAUUGAGGCAGUGUCGCAUUGUCACUAAAGUUUAUAAAUUGCAUUUUUUCUUUUUAAUUCUUGCCAGUGUUUAAACCAUUCAAAGCUUGCGUGCUUUCCUGGAGACCGUGCACUUGCAGCGCGCACACAUAAUAAUGCCAGUUUCACAUUACUCUGUUUGCAGUAAAUGCAUGUUAAUGGAUUAAAGUGUUCACACUGCACACACGGUUGCAGUCUGGCAGUGUGUUCAGGAGCGGUGCGUCAGCAGCAGUGCAGAGAUGGUUUCGCACCGAGUCUAUUUUUUGCUGCAA